AUAUGUCGUUGCAAUUCUAACCUAAUGCUAACUAAGUAUUAGGAGCAUUUUAAAGAGUCGGAUUAAAUCAGGGGCAGGCUUACUAACCUGAUCAGAUAUAUCAAGCUUUGGAUCAAUUAGUAUAUUAAAAUUUAAGAAUAAUCAAAAUAGACUGGCUAAGCGUAUGAUAGAGAUGUGGCCACUUAAAUUUAUGAACAAUGUACUCCAAAUCAAAGAGGAUAAGUUUAAAUUGAAGAGUUUUCGCAGAUUUUGAUAUCUGCUGAUGGGAUGUUAAAGAAAAAGAUUAAUGAUACCGAAAAAUAAAUUUAGUAGUUAGUAGAGGAAUCAAGAGACUGUCAAAGACAAGUAUAGGAAAUCCAAUGUACACAUUAUUUUAUAUCGAAGACACUCAAUAAUAAAAUUAAUAUGGUAUAGACAUUGAUUCAUCCCUCAAUAUAAUCAUAAAGUCAGCCUCAGGAAUCACAACCCAAGAUUUCAUUUAAAGUUAUGUAUCAAUAUCAGUUGAUAAUAAUGAAUAAAUUGCUUAACAGAAUGGAGGAGAUAAGUUCCAUCCAAUAUUUAAUGAGCAAUUGGGAUUGUACAAAUGCAUAUAUUAAUGUCUAGCCAAAUCAAAACUGGAAGAGAGAAUGUUACCCUGAGCUUAUUGAUCUAAGAUCGAAACCAAAAGAAAUCCUUGGUCGGACAAGCUAGAAUAGAUUUGUCUUCAUUAUAAGAUUAAUAAGUCCAUUCUCUCCAACUCCAAUUGUAAAAUGACAAGCAAUAAUAUGCCUCCCCAACCAUAUAAUUCGAUGUCCAGUGGAUUUAUAAUAAAGUAAUUCCCACAGUCCUUAUUUAGCUUAAAUAUUACUAAGAAAUGAUCUCUAAAUUCGAAGCUGAUAUUCAACAACACUACAAUGACAUCGAAGAUUACAAAAGAGAUCUAUUUGUAGUUUAGUAGCCUUUCAUGGAUAAAAACUAAAGGCAGAAUCUUUAAUCCUCCUUGAAACCAUAAACAUCCUCAAAGGUGCAAACAAACUCUGCUCUCCUUUACUAGCAACAAUAAAACUAACCGCAAAUAUAUAAGCCUACAACACCUCAAUAAUCUUAAAGAUAAAACCUAGAUAACAUUCAACCACAAUUUUAAGGGGAGGCCUCAGAAGAACUUAGUGAUGAAAUAUAUUAUGGAUUCAUCUUGUACCUUCUGAUGAUUGUCUUAUCCAUGUUCCAGUGUUUUGCAAGACCAGCCUAUGUGGAUGUAAACUUCAGAUUAUAGUCUUAUAGAUUUUAUUAGGGACUUUGUACUUGUUGAUUAUCUGCAGAGAUUGCUUUACUCCAGAGUACUUGAAAAUAGUGGGGGCAAUAACAGUUUUUACUAUAGUUUUAGAUAUAUUUUGGAUAGCAAUCUACAAGGUAAUUUCGCAUUAGUAAAUAUUAUAGAAUUGGUGGAGUGGCACUGACAAAACCCUGCCUACUUGGGGAGAAGCUGGAGAUCCAAUCGUCAGAAUAACUAUAGUGUUUUGCAUAUUCAACAUGAUUUUAAAGGUAAAAGGCAGUCUUAAUUUAUUUUUAGACUGCCUUGUGCUAUAUAAUUUUCCACUAUUACAAAGCUGCUUAAACUAAUUAGGUCUUGAAGUUCAAAGCAUGGCAGUUGGAAUUCUAGAUCGGAAUAUUGAAAUAAAAUCUCUUUACUUCAGACAAGAGACUCUUAUCUUGA